GAAAGCUGACAUGUCUGUGGGAAAUUUGAAAUACAUUAUUAUUCAUACAUUUUGAUGUGAUAUAAUUUAUGUUUUCUUUAAAGUAAACAUGAAUUUCAUAAGUAAAAGCCACACCUCUGAUUUACCUGCCUAUCUUCUUUACGAAUGAAGCUGAAACUGCUUUGUAUUACCUGUCAUCCCAGACCUUUCAUUAAUUGCCUAACAAUAAACCAGUUUAAAAGCAUCAACUGGAAUCAAUUUGCAUUUGAAAAUUAGAUGAACACAAAGACUUGAUAUUGUGGAAUGACUAGCAAACAAGCAAUGUCAUCUAACGAACAAGAAAGGCCUUUGUGUUAUAAUGGGGAAGUCCUUGUUUUCAAGUUGUCUAAAGGAAAUUUUUCAGAUAAAGAGCCUGCAAAAAUGCCCAUGUUACAUGUCAGAAGAAUGGUAUUUGACAGAGAAACAAGAUCAUUUGUUCAGAAGUCCACUGGAUCCUUCAGCAUAAAGGGAGAAAACUCUCAUUUUAAAAUUGUGUGUUGCAACUGCGUGUCAGAUUUCAGAACUGGAAUUAACCUCCCUUACGUGUUGAUACAAGGCAACAAAAUAAAUAAUGAUUUCAGAUAUUUACUACUAUUUCUUCACAGUACCAAUAAAUUUGAAAAGCGUUUGAGUUUUAGAAUAGGCCACAAGUUGAAGGAUGGCUUAAGGGUCCUUAAUGGCCCUUCAGUUUUAUGGAGACAUGCCAACACAUUCUUCUGUAUGUCUUCCAAAACUGGCAAAGUUAUUACUCUGUCAGUUAACUUUUCCUCUAUUGAGUGGGUAGGGGAGAUUGAAAAUGUAGGUAUGGUUUUAUUGGGACUAAAGGAAUGUUAUUUAUCUAAGGGACGAUACACCCGGAAACCUUCAAAAUCAGAUUAUGCAAUUUGGGAUACCGAAUUUGGUUUAUACUCUCUUGAAAGUCAAGAAUUAUUAAGUGAUGCAUACAUUAUCCCUCCUGUUUAUAGCAGUUUGGUAACUUGUGUGCAUGUCUGUGCAACUGAGAUCGUCAACAGCCAGUUAAGAAUAUCUCUGAUUGCCCUUACUCGAAAGAAUCAGCUGAUUUCAUUCCAAAAUGGGACUCCUAAAAGUGUGUGCCAGCUUCCAUUUGGAGAUCCUUGUGCAGUUCAACUUAUGGAUUCAGGUGGAGGAAACCUCUUUUUCAUUGUAUCCUUUAGGUCCAAUGAUGCUUGUGCUGUUUGGAAAAAGAAUUUUCAGGUUGUUGCUAAAUGGGAAAAACUUAGCUUAGUACUGAUAGAUGACUUUAUUGGAACUGGAAGUGAACAAGUACUGCUACUUUUUAAGGAUUCCUUGAACUCAGAUUGCCUGACUUCAUUUAAAAUAACAAAUCUUGAAAACAUAAACUAUUCAAGUGAACCAUUGGAUUGCAGCAAAGAUGAUUUAUUUGAAGACAAACAAGAGAAUUGUUACUCGGUGAUUCUACCUCUGGAAAGAAGAUUAAAAGUUAGUGUUUGCUUUUUGCUUUUGCUUUUUGAUUAUAAUUACCACAUAGAGAGUCAGUAUAGAGAAUAUCUCGUUCCACUUUGGGGUGAAGAAGAAAAUUCUGUCCAUAUCUUUGACGAAAAGUUACCAAACAAUUUUCAAGAUUCAGAACAACUGGUAGAGAAGUUAUGGUAUCGUGUAAUGGAUGAUAGCUUGGUUGUUGGAGUGAAAACCACAUCUUCUUUGAAACUGUCCCUGAAUGAUGCGACUUUAUCAUUGAUAAUGGAUCAAGCCCGUGGCUCCAGCUUUCCGCUUAUUAAAUGUCAAAAUAGGGUGAUUAAGUUGAGUAUGGAUUCUUUCCCAGCACCACACUUGAUGCCACAUGAAAUAGGAUUAGAGGCAAAAAGGAUCAGGUUGACCCUUGAUAGAGAGGAAAAGGAAAGCUUUGUUUGUGAACAACCAUCUAAGAAAAAAUGUGUACAAAUAAUUACUGCUGUAACAUCUCUUGCACCACUUUUAGCAUUCAAUAAAUUUUGUUGCGUUGUGCUGCUACAAAUUAGGGAGAAAGAAACUGGUGACUAUCCUGAAGAUCGUUAUAUUCUGUGUGGCAGACUUCUUUUAAGUCUAGAAGAUCUUUCAAGUGGGAAAUACAUACUGACAUUUCCAAAGAAGAAACCUAUAGAGCACAUGGAAGAUCUUUUUGUACUUCUCGCAGCAUUCCACAAAUCUUGUUUUCAAAUCACGUCACGUAAAUAUGCCCUGGGUUCAGUGAAGACAUGGCUCUUAGAACUCAUGAAAUGUGAAGUCAUCAAAGAAUUUCCAGAAAUGUGCUUUUGUAAAAAGCCAGGAAGUUUCUAUGGGACACUCUUCAAAUGGAAACAAAGAACACCAUUUGAAGGGAUUUUAAUAAUUUAUUCCAGGAAUCGAACAGUUUUGUUCCAGUGCCUUCAUAAUCUCAUCACAGUUCUCCCUGUAAACUGUUUCUUGAGAAAUCUAAAAUUAGGAAGUGAAGAUUUCCUAAUUAAUCAUAUGGCAUUGUCUUUGGAGAAGGAAUUGGUUACGCUUUGUUCUCUUUCUUCUGCCUUAGCUAAAGUUGAAAGCAACUUUGUGCAGAGGUGUGAAGCAAGCAAAGGAAAGAGUAGUGUUGUGGCUACUUUAUCAGACAGAGAGGAAAAAAUUCAUUGGUACAGAAAAGAGCUUCAGAGAGAAAAGAAGAUGAUGUUGAAAACAAACCUAAAAGUGAGUGGUGCCCUUUACAGGGAAAUAACUUUGAAAGCAGCUGAGAUUCAGUUAAAAUCAGACCUCACUGCACAGAAACUGACCAGUUUCUAA